AUGCUUUGGAAUGACGAGUUUAAUACGUUUGAGGGAGUUGUUCAUUGUGUUCAACGUGCAGUGAAUACUGCUAGCGAAAGCUUUGGUUUGCAAGUAGCUCAACGUGUAGAUUCUAUCGGUAGGUUUUCUAUAAAAACUUCUACCUCUAUUCAAGAGCUACUGAGAAUUGCUAGGAUUAUUUCCAGCAAUAAUCUUGCAGUUAAUGUUCGAUCUGCUAGAGAUUUCUUUCGCGAGGACGACUGCAGUACUUUAUUACAUUGGCUUGAGGAUUUGUUAGACUCUCAUGUAUGCUAUUUUCCAAAUUACAUCCAAACUGUCUUUUGCAAUGAAAUGUUGAAGCAGUGGUCUCCUGGUUUAGAGAAACCCACAGACCCGUCUUUGAAUUUUAACAAUCUUCCGUUGGAAAUUGCGAACGAUGAUGACAGUGAAGAUGAAUUUUAUGCUGCUGAGGAACUUUUGGGAGUUAUUGCCAACCUUGAAAACAAUAAUAUGCCUACCGACAUUACCGCCAUGGAAACCGAAGAUAAUGAAGCUGAGGCAGCAGAAACGGCUGAAAUGGGGUUUAAUCCAACUACUGGUCCUGAAAAUGAUGAUGAAGAUGAUGAAAAUGCUAUUACUAUGGAUUCAGAAGCUGAGCGUGAGCUACUGAAUGACUUAGAUGACGAAAAUGCUAUAGACUCCCCGAUGAAUGACGUUAAUGACGAACAAGAAGAAGAAGAGCAACAAGAAGAGGAAGGAGAGACUGGUGUUCAGGAACAUAAUGGUGCACAAGGCAAUACCGACCAAACCACUCCAGAACAAGCUAGAACGCCUUUGCCUCCCCCACCGAAUGCUGGUCAGACCGUGGUUACGAUAAGACCAGAAUUCAAUCCCCAGCUAUUAAAUAACUUGCGCCAGAUUAUUACUGCACGUCGAAGGCCACGUCCCAAUAUGACUUUUCAGGUUCCCCUACAAAACUCAUACUGGCAAAAACCUGAUUCGUAUAAACCUUCGAAUUUUAAAGAUGUAGCUGAGUCUCCUUAUCUUACUCUUCGUUUGGAUUAUUUAUUACUUUUUGACUUGAAGUUUUGGAAGGAAUUGCGGACUCUACUAUCACGACUUUACGUUGUUCCGUUUAAUAGGAACUUGGCUUUCAAAAGGCUUAUGGGUAUACGAUUUGCUAUUCAUUACAAACAUCUUGCCACUGCAUUCGUACUAGCUGAUCGAGAACCAGACCGUUCAGUCAUGUUCCUUUCUGUUCAGCUUUUUACCACUCCCAGCAUUGCUGAGACCGUCGUUCAGGACUACGAUUUGUUAACUGAUAUAAAUUCUGCAGCGGUUUCUCUUCUUGUACAGCCAAGUGCUGGUGAUACCGAAGGGGUGCAAAAGAUAAAAUUAAACGAGCAAGUUUUAAAGAGCCGUCGAACAUUUAAUCUUUUCCAUGACUUGAAGUACUUGCUUCAAGUUCCUCAAGUUAAGAAAUUGGUCACUAAGGAUUCUCGUUAUAUCCACCAAUGGGUUGACUUGUUACGCGUUUUUCAAGGUAACUCUCCUCAAAAACGUGCUACACACUCACAUGUUCAGUGGGAUAUUACACGUUUAAAAAACAUUUUUCUUUUGCUCAGAUUGGCAGAAUUAAGCGAGCAAGUGGCUUCUUGUUAUGCAACUGCAACAAGCAAUGAUUUGCUUCAAGCUAUUCAAGUUUUGGUAAAAGCGAUUGUUGAUCCUAAAGAUGAUGUUUCCGAUCCCCGUGAACCACUGGAUUGCAUUCCUAAUGGUUCAUAUGAUUCUCGGCUUCCUCUUAAACCUUUCUCUGUUUCAGUCGACCCUAUAAGCCUUAAUCAUCCUCUACAUUGGGCUUUGGCGACGGUGCUCUCUAAUUGUGAUUCAGAAAUUUUGGAUUUAUUUGAUCAGGGUACCUUUUUUGCAUUGAUUGAUCAUCCUUUAAGAGUCGUUGCUUUCCUGAUGCAGGUAGAUGCCAACCUUUGGGUUCGAAAUGGGCAUAAUCUCUUGCUUACUACUCGUUUCUAUCGUCAGCUCUAUGUGUAUCUUCAAGAUUUUCGUGAACCCUUCCCAGGAAACAGAGAAUAUACUUUUGACAAAGACAUACUUUUAAUACAGAAAGUACUUUCGGAAGUCAAUCCAGAUGCAGGUAUGAAGGCUAUACUACAAAGGUUUGAGUUUACCGAUUGGGUCCUUGAUAGAAAAUUUAGUGAACAUGAACAUUACGAUUCCGAGAAAAUACCUAAACUUCUUGGAUCAUUGUUGAAAUUUAUGAUUACUUUAACAACCGAACGAGAAAGCUUAUUGAAAAUGAGUAUUCAAGACACAAUUCGCGUUAGAUUAGCCCACGAAUUAUGUUUUGGACCUUUGGCUUAUUCGGCACUCAUAUACAAGAUUUCAAACAAUUUAGUUGAAGACUCAUCAUUUGAUUCAAUUAGAGAAGAAAUGACUAACUAUAAACCACCUGAUGGUCUUCACGAUUUCGGUUUAUAUACACUCAAGGAUGAAUACUUUGACUUAAUAAAUCCUUAUAGUUCUUACUAUUCUAAAAAUGAAAGGGAAGAGGCCGAGGCUGUUCUGAAGAAACGCUUGUCUGAUAAAUAUAGCGUCCCCUUGGAGGCUGCCGUUAUUGAACCCAAUUUUAAGCUUCUUGAGAAGAACGGUCAAGAUAUUUUCUUUGCACUAGUAAACUCUGAUGUUUUUUACCUAACCCUUCUUCGCUCUCUGGAAUAUGCUCUUCUUAUUUUAAAUAAACACGAAAAUGUGGACGUUAGUGAAACCAUUAUUAACGAAACUCUUCAACUUUGUUUAGUUGCCUCUAGAAUCAACGACUUUACCGGCUCUACGACGUUUUACACGAAGCAUUGUCUUGGACAGCCAAUUUCUACGGAUAAUCAAGAAAGCGAUCAUUCAAGCUAUUGUUUGGCCGAGUUGUGCCUUGACAUCAUUAAUUCUUCCAAAUUAAAAUCAUUACAUCCAAAGGCCAAUCACUUUUUGAAUAUUUUGAAAAGAUCUGACACUACUACUUGCGCUAGUAUCUUACAACAUACUCGGGUAAUUCCUGAAGGGUCGAGAGUUGAGCAGCCAGCUAUGGAUGAAGCAAAGAGCGUGGAAGAGAAAAAGCGGAUUGCACUGGAAAAACAGAAAAACAUAAUGCAGCAAUUCCGAGCACAACAAGCCUCCUUUAUGGCACAAAAUACGGAUUUUAACAUUGAUGAUGAGGAUGAGUUUGCGGAUACGUAUGGACAACCAUUCAAACAACAUGAACAUUUGCGUGGAAAUUGCUUGUUGUGCCAAGAAAGUUGUAAUGAAGAAGCACCAUAUGGAAUGCUAGGCACCAUUAAUAAAAGCAGCUUUUUAAGAGAGACAGCGAAUACAAAGCAUAUUCUUCAAGAGUUACUUACCAUACCUUCUAAUUUUAACGCCCAACUGCCUGACCGUCCAUUUGGCGAAAAAGCUGAAAAAGUUGCUUUACAUGAAACAAAGACUCGCAUUUUAGGAGCGUAUCCCGUGAAUCAUAAUUUUGAAGGUAUUUAUGUCUCUAGUUGUGGUCAUCUUAUGCACACUCAGUGUUUUGACACAUAUGCCAACUCAAGGCUCCUCAGAAGAAGUGAUCCUUCCACGUAUAUAAAUGACAAGCAUAAAACCACUCCUGCAACUCGGUAUUUUAUGUGCCCUCUUUGUGGCUAUUUAUCAAAUGUAAUAAUUCCUACUGCUCAUACACCUAGACUCUGUCUUCGUCUUAACGACUUUGGUGCCGAUAAAGAUAUGGAAGCAUUCUUAAGUAGUUUUUCUGUCAAAGAUAGUGAAAGCUUUGAAUAUCAUAUGACUUCCACAAGCAGUGACAUUGUAAGAAAAGCUGCUGAGAGUUCUUUGAACCGUCCUUGGAUUAACACAAGUCAAAGUGCUGUCAUACCGAAGGAGGAAAACCUUAUGGGCGAUAAUCAGGACGCUUUACGACGCUAUUUCUCUGUUAUGGAAUUCUCGGCGUCAAAACUUAAUGGUGGUAAUUCAUCAAAGGGAAGCUUGCCAGAUGAAUUGUUGGAUUCGUUGAGCUAUAGCCUUGCUUCAGUAGAAGUCAUUUACCGUGGUACACCUACUAGUCAAAGUCAUGAAGCUCCAAUCUGGAUAAGCGAUAUCGGUUCCAUCAAUUCAGCAUUUCUCUUAUCAUUUGCUGAAACGGUCAUGAAAAGCUUAUGCUAUAAGGUUGCUAGUUCUGAUGCUACGGCUUCUGACUUCAUUAAAACCCAGAAUCGUCAGCUUUGUAAACUGUUUUACGGGAAAUCCGAUAUUAAGGAACGUAUGCUCCAAAAUCCGGAUAGUUUUGAAGCGGGCUGUUUUAAACCUUUACUUUCUUCAGAUGUAUUCAAUGAGUAUGUUAAAACUAUUGCUCUAAUGAUUAUAAAUGAGAAGCAGAGUCGCAUUUUCUAUUACACAGGACUUUACUAUGUUGCUAAUAUUUGCAAAAUUGUGGUCGAGACUAGCUCCUGUGUGGAGCAAAUAGAUACUUUUGGCGAACCUUCGCUUGAGUAUAGCGAUACUGCUAAGAGUGCAUUCUAUCAUUUCUGUAGUCAUGUAUUCCGUGCUUGCGGCUAUGAAGCGAAGUGCCACAUCUUAGAAAGCAACGUUGCUCUUUUGAAUUUAUUGACACUGGUUGAGAAGUUUAUGCUCCCAUUUUUAAGAAGAGUCUCUUUGGUUUAUUACAGUCUUUUGAAUGUCUAUUUUGAGGAUUCUGGUGAUGGCACGUUUAAUGAAAAGACCGAACUUACGCAACUUUGUGAGCUUAUGGAGCUUCCUACUUUGGAUGAAGUAUACACAAGCUUAGGAAGUCAACAGUCCCCAGAACAAAUGCAGAUUAUCGAUGGCUGGUGCCAACAUUUUGCUGAAAACAACACAUCGAUUGGUAAGCCAAGACUGGAAUAUCCUGGCGUAUAUGAACUUUUGAAGCUUCCAUCUAGGCUGGAAAAUUUGAUGGAUAUAAUGCAAGAAUCUAUUUGCUGCAUGUGUCAUAAAACUCCAAUUUUACCAGCGGUGUGUUUGCAAUGUGGAAGUGUGGUUUGUUUUAGCGCUCGCCAAACUACUACUGCAGCACAAAGACAGCCUGGUGAGUGUAAUGUUCACUCCAGAGAAUGCUCUGAUGGCAUAGGUAUUUACUUUUUAAUUAAAAUGUGUGGAAUUCUAUUUCUAGACGGAAUUAGUGGUGCCGGUAUGGUCGUGCCUGCCCCAUAUUUAGACAUCCAUGGGGAAACCGAUUUUCGAUUAAUCCGAGGAUGUCCUCAAUUUUUAAGCCAAAAACGUUACGACCAUGCAGUUCGAAAUGCUUGGCUGCGACAAAUGGUCUUAUCAUUGAUUACCCGCUCUGGAGAUUCAGGCUCAUUGCAGGUUUAUGAUAUGGCUUGA